AUGGAACUACAAGCACCCAUGCUGCUGGUCAUAGCUUGUUGUAUAAUUGGUAGUAUUGGUAUUAUUUCCAAUUCAUUUGUCAUAUUUGUGUUCGUCUACAACAAGACUUACAAGAAGUCUGUGUCACUUAAAUUACUUCUUCAUCAGACUGUGAUUGAUUUGCUCGGCUCUCUGGUGUUUUUGAUUUUCUACGUUAUUCAUGUUCCUGAUGGCAUUGCUGGAACCAUAUUCUGUAAAAUGAACUUUUUCUUCUACUACGCAUUGGAAACAUCAACGUACAAUUUUGUUCUGCUUACAAUCGAACGAUAUAUUGCUGUAGUCCAUCCAUUAUUGUAUCGCAAAAAAUCAUUGGGUGGGAAAAUUACAUGCAUGUCACUCAUUAUCCCCCAUCAUGCAAAGAUUUUCAACGAGGAUUUCGAAAGAUCAGAGAUGAUGUAUAUCAAGGUUAGAAUCCAAGAAUUAAGUCAAUUAAGAGAGACAUUAAAUGUAUAUACUCUCAGAGAUGAGCUAAUGAAAGUGGAAGAU